AUGGAGUGGAGGACACCUGCACUGUGUGUACUGCUCCUGGCUCUUAGCUGGGGCCUCCAGGCAAAUGCUAUUAGGGUGCGCCGCAGCAACCAUGUGGACAACAUCUGUAGCAUGUGGGGUAAUUUCCACUUUAAAACCUUUGAUGGAGAUGUCUACCAGUUCCAGGGGACUUGUGAAUACAACCUUGUCUCUGAGUGCCAAAUGCCUGUGCAGGGCUUCUCAGUACAUGUGAAAAGAUCACAGUCCCCUGGGAACCCACAGAUCACCAGAGUGCUGGUUACCAUAGGAGACAUGGCCAUUGUGCUCACCAAGAAACUGAUUAUGAUCAACGAAGAGAUUAUAAAACUUCCCUAUUAUUUAGCAGGAGUGCUGCUGGAAAAUAAUGCUAUUUACACUAAAUUAUAUGCUAAACUGGGCCUCAGUGUCAUGUGGAACAGAGAGGAUGCUGUCAUGGUGGAACUAGACACUAAAUAUUCUAAUAACACCUGUGGACUUUGUGGAGACUUCAAUGGCAUUCCCAUUUAUAAUGAGUUCUUGGCUGAAGCUCGCUUGACUGGCUCUGUUGAGUUUGGUAACAAGCAAAGGAUUCAUGGGCCCAAUGAUGGCUGUGAGGACCCUUAUGAAGAAGAUGAGGCUGAUCAAGACACAGUGGACAAGUGUCAAAAAUUUCAGGGAGACUGCUCAGCUCUGCUGCAGAGUCAGGACUGGUCUUCCUGCAGGAAGGUGUUAAGUCCUGAGCCCUACAUCCAGGCCUGUGUAGUGGACAGGUGCUGGAGUCGUCCUGGGGACAUGGAAGACACUGCUACUCUGUGUCCUACGCUGUCUGAGUACUCCCGCCAGUGCUCCCAUGCAGGGGGCAUACCACCAAACUGGAGAACAUCCACCUUCUGUGCGGUACAGUGCCCCUUUAACAUGGAGUACUCUGAGAGUGGAUCUCCCUGUGUGGACACAUGCACACACAGAGACACCAGCUCACUGUGUGAAGAACACAAGAUGGAUGGCUGCUUCUGUCCACCUGGUACUGUGUUUGAUAACAUCUCAGAGAAGGGAUGCAUCCCUCAGGAAGAGUGCCAGUGUAAGCACAAUCAGACCUAUAACCCUGGAGAUGUGCUCCUCAAGGAUGACGAAGAAUGUGUGUGUCAAAAUGGCAGUUGGGCAUGUGAGCGUCUGCCAACCCCAGGUGUGUGUGCUGUAGAGGAGGGUUCACACUUUACUACUUAUGAUGGUAAAGAGUUUACCUUCCAUGGGGACUGCUACUAUGUCCUUUCCAAGGACUGUGUAGGAUCUAAGUUCCUUAUUUUGGGUCAGCUUAUUCCCUGUGUUGCUCAAAAAACUGACACCUGCCUGAAAUCCAUUGCCCUGCUACUCAACAAUGACAAGAAUAAUGCGUUAAUCAUCAAAGAAGAUGGCCUAGUCAGGCACAAUGGCGAGAUCGCCCUCCCUUACACCACAGGUGACAUCACCAUGUUCAGACCAUCGUCCUUCCACAUCAUGAUACAGACAUCUUUUGGGCUACAGAUGCAGGUGCAGCUUGUUCCACUCAUGCAACUCUACAUCACUUUGGAUAAGAGCCUCCAGACCAAGACCUGCGGUCUGUGUGGGAACUUUAACAUGGUGUUGUCUGAUGACCUGAAAACCCCACAAGGCUUAGUAGAAGGGACAGCUGCCUCCUUUGGGAACUCCUGGAAGGCACACCCUAACUGUCCUGACAGCAGUGACAGGCUGGAUGACCCAUGCAGCUACAGCGUAGACAGUGAGAGCUAUGCAGAGCACUGGUGUCUAAAACUGAAGGAGAAGGAAGGCCAAUUUGCUAAAUGUCACUCUACUGUUAACCCAGAGAAAUACUACAAGAGAUGCAAGUACUCAGCCUGCACAUGUGAGAAGAGUGAAGACUGUCUGUGUGCGGUCUUCUCCUCCUAUGUGCGAGCAUGCACGGCAAAGGGAAUCUUCCUGCAAGGCUGGAGAGACACAGUGUGCGAUAAAUACACUGCGCGCUGCCGAGCCUCCCAGACUUUCUCCUACAUGCUGCAGGGUUGCCAGCGCACAUGUGACUCCCUGGGCUCAGAGCGCCAGGGCUGCAGCACUCAAUACACCCCUGUGGAUGGAUGUGCCUGUCCCGCUGGACUCUAUGAGGAUGAGAAUGGUGGUUGUGUGCCCAUGGAAAAAUGCCCCUGUUACCACAAUGGAGAGCAUGUUAAACCUGGCAAGUCCAUUAACAUCAGAAAUGAGCACUGUGUUUGUACAAAUGGAAAACUCAACUGCAACACCUGGAAGCCCCUUAUUACAGACUGUCCUGCUCCAAAGGUCUUCUUUAACUGCAGUGACGCAUCAAUAGAUAAGCAUGGGUUAGAGUGUGCACAAACAUGCACACACCACAGCAUUGAUUGUUACCUUGCAGAGUGCGAAUCUGGAUGUCAGUGUCCCACAGGCCUUCUGGAUGAUGGUCUUGGUCACUGUGUUAAAGAACAUGAAUGCCCUUGUCAACACAAUGGACACUUAUACGCUGCAGGGGCUAAAAUACCAGACAGUUGCAAUUCAUGUACCUGUAAACGUGGCAAGUGGGAAUGCACAGACAAAAAAUGCCCUGGGACCUGCACCAUCUAUGGCAGUGGACAUUACAAUACAUUUGACAAGCAGAGGUUUGGCUUCAAUGGAGACUGUGGUUAUGUAGCUGUCCAGAACAAGUGUGGAAAUAAGACAGGCACAUUCCAUGUGAUCACAGAGAAUGUACCCUGUGGGACAACAGGAACCACUUGUUCCAAAGCUGUUCGGAUUCUGCUGGGAAGAACACAGUUGGAGCUGAUAGAUGGCAUCAUAACAGAAAGCGAGCUUCAAAGUGGGCCAAAAAUUAACUACAAAGUGAGAAACGUGGGCCUUUACCUGGUUAUUGAGUCUGAUGCUGGCCUGGCAGUGUUAUGGGACCGCAAAACCACAGUACGCAUCAUUCUGCAACCACAACACAUGGGAGAGGUUUGUGGAUUGUGUGGAAACUACAAUGGAAAUGGCAAAGAUGAUUUCACCACUCAAGGUCAACUGCAAGUUUCUGACAUCAUGGAGUUUGUAAACAGCUGGAAAGUAUACAGCUCCUGCCCUGAUGCUGAGCUAAGCUUUGAUCCAUGUAUUGAAAGACCCAGCCGCCACACUUGGGCAAAAACGCAAUGCAGUAUAAUCAAAGGAGAUACAUUCAAAGACUGCCACAAAAUGGUGGACCUGACCCCAUAUUUUGAAACCUGUGUAAGAGACUCAUGUGCGUGUGACACUGGUGGUGACUGUGAGUGUUUCUGUACUGCUGUGGCAGCCUAUGCCCAAGCCUGCAAUGAAGCUGGGGUCUGUGUGGCCUGGCGAACACCAGAGAUCUGCCCUGUGUUCUGUGACUACUACAAUAAACCAGAUGAGUGCACAUGGCAUUACAAUCCAUGUCACACACCAUGCUACAAAACUUGCCUGAACCGUGAAGGCCAAUGCAAGGACCCUUUACCAAACCUGGAAGGAUGUUAUCCAGUGUGUCCUGCUGACAAACCCUUCUUUGAUGAGAAGAAUCACACUUGUGUUGACAGAUGUGACACAAUGUGCUUUAUCAAUGGAACUGUGUAUAUUCCUGAGGAAGAAAUCCCAAGUAGCAAACCAUGUCAUUCAUGUUACUGCAAUAAAAAUGGAAAUGAAACAUGUUUGCUACGUCCUGGUUGCUGUUUUUACAAUGGAACAGAAUAUGGUGAAAAUGAAACUAUAUAUGAAGUAACAGACAACAUGGGAAUGUGUUACUCUGCCAUCUGCAUAAACAGUACAGUUGUGAAUAAGACGGAGCCAUGCCAUAUAACCAGCACUCCACAAACAGAAACAACCUCCUAUAUUAAGACUACUAAAAUCACGUUGACUACUUCAUCAAAAACAGCAAUUCCUACACCAAUUAGCUCUACCAAAAAUGGUUUGACACUAACUACAUCUACUUUUGGUGAAACCUCAAAAUCACCAAGUAGUUCAACAGGCUCAUCAACACCAAAAAGCAUUACUGCAACAGGACCUCCUCAUAUAUCAACUACAACAGCUAAAAUUAGUACCACACCUACAACAACACAGCAAACACGGACUACUGGGAAAACUCCAAAAGCAACAACUACUCCAGUGGUCACAUCUGGGCCAACAACUAAACAAACAAGUGAGAAGUCAACUGUCAUGACCACAAAGCCAUCUACAACUGUAUUGACACCACCAACACCCACUAUAACAACACCAUGCGUUAUUUGUGAAUGGUCUGAGUGGUUCAAUGUGGAUUAUCCAGCAUCAGGGAGUGACAUUGAAACAUAUGAAAAUAUUAAGAACCAUGGAAAAACAAUAUGUGAAAAUCCAGAAAAUAUUCAGUGCAGGGCUGUGUCGAAGCCUGAUCUAUCUCUUGAUGAAUUUACACAACUUACAGGUCAAGUUGUGCAAUGCAAUAUUUCAUUUGGUUUAGUGUGUGAAAAGGACAAACAGACACAAAGGCCAUACAAAUGUUUUGAUUAUAAAAUUAGGCUACUCUGUUGUGAGCCAUGUGUUACUACAACACCUGAAACUGCAGUCACAAUAACAAAUGAGACCUUUAUGCUUGAGACCUGUAACUGCACCAUGGCCAGGUGCAUUGAAGACAACAUUAUAGAGAUCAUCCCUUAUGAGUGUCCACCUCUUCAAAACAUCACCUGUUCAAAUAAGAAGAAACCAGUGUCUGUGCUUGAUAAGAAUCAUUGCUGUUAUGAACAAGCCUGUGACUGCAUUUGUGAAGGCUGGGGAGACCCUCACUAUAUAACGUUUGAUGGACUCUUCUAUAGUCAUCAAGGAAACUGCACUUAUGUUUUAAUGGAGGAAAUCAGACCUAAACACCAUUUGAAAAUCUACAUUGACAAUGUCAAAUGUGACCCCCGUGAGCCCGUGUCCUGCCCCAGGGCAAUCAUUGUGCACUAUAACCAUAUUGUAAUCACACUGAAAAACAACAACCUUGUAGGAGCUGCAAACCUGGAGGCUUCAAUAGGUCAUAAGGUAUUAAGAUUACCUUUCGCACAAAAUGGCAUGAGUGUGGUGAGCUCAGGUGUGAACCUGAUUCUGGAGAUUCCACCGCUCCAGGUUGUAGUAACAUUUGGAGUUACUGGUUUUAGUCUCUUCCUGCCAUUCCAGUAUUUUGGGAAUAACACACAGGGACAUUGUGGUACCUGCAACAACAACCAGGCUGAUGACUGCAUGCUACCAGGGGGGAAACUUGUUGAUAACUGUGAAGUAAUGGCAGACUACUGGCCAGCUAAUGAUCUGUACAACACAGACUGCCCUGUGCCAGCACUUGUGCCCACCCCUCCACCCACAAAACCUUCAUGUCCAUCCAACCCUGUAUGUGAGCUGCUCAAGAGCAACUUGUUUAAAGACUGUCAUCCCUUCGUCUCCCCUGACAACUACUUCAAGGGCUGUCAAUUUGACAGUUGUCAUAUGAUAAACCCUGCUGCAGUGUGCAUCAGUCUACAGACCUAUGCCUUAGCCUGCUCCCAGUCUGGCAUCUGUUUGCACUGGAGAAACCAUACUGACCUGUGUGCUGUUCAGUGUCCAGGUAACAAAGUCUACAAACCUUGUGGACCUGCUCACCAGCCUUCCUGCCAGGACAGUUACAGGCUUGAUGAGCAUACUAUGAAUGUGACUACUGAGGGUUGCUUCUGUCCUGAUGGAACGUUGCUGUUUAACAAGGAAUCCAGACUGUGUGUUAAAAAGUGUGGAUGCCUAGACCCAUAUGGCCAAGCACGUGAGCCCAGAGAGGAAUUCCAGUAUGGCUGUCAAGAUUGUGUUUGUGAUGCGUCAACUAUAGCUGUGAGCUGUAAACCAAAGCAGUGCUCAAACAGCAACCAAGUAACCUGCAGUGAACCAGGCUUCGUUCCACUCAAUGUGACAGACCCCUCAGAUGCAUGCUGCACCAUAGUCUUCUGCCACUGUGACAUCAGAACCUGCCCCAAUGUAGAAGAGAAGUGCAAAAUUGGUUAUAUUCCUGUCCUCCAAGUACCUGAAGGAAAAUGCUGCCCUGAACUCAUAUGUGAGCCCAAGAAAGUCUGUGUGCACAAAAACAUGGAAUAUCAGCCUGGUACCACAAUCCCUGUGGUGGACUGCCAGGAGUGUAGCUGUACCUGGGAAGUGGAUCCAAACACUGAGUUGCACAAGAUCCGCUGUGAAUUUGUGCAUUGUAAUGAGGAGUGUGAGCCAGGAUAUGAGUAUGUGGAAUCAUCCUCUGAAUGCUGUGGCAAGUGUGUGCAAUCCAAGUGCAUCUUUAACCACAAUGGCACCACACGCAUGUUGCAGAGUGGAGCAAAAUGGGCCCCUAAAAACACAGGUUGUAACUGGUUCAUCUGCACAUACAUUGGUGGAGAGUACAUUACUACAAGCUACAAGACACAGUGCCCUCUUCUGAACAUCGACAACUGCGAACCUGGUACAGUACAGCCUUCAUCUGAUGGCUGCUGUCAAGUUUGUGUGGAAAAGGAAAAGGGAUGUAAAGUACAGACCACAACUGAUUACAUAAAUCACAAUAGCUGCAUAUCAAAUUUCACUGUGGAACAGACACAUUGUCAGGGUGACUGCAACAGCUACAGCAAGUACUCUGAGCUGGAUUCUUCCACCUGUAGCUGCUGCCAGGCUACCCACACCAGUAACCGUACAGUGACCCUGAACUGUAUGAAUGGAGAUACAGUAACACACACCUAUGUCCAUGUGGAGGGGUGCAGCUGUAACCAUACUAAGUGUCAUGCAAGCAACACUUAGCCUGCACCACAUAUAGGAGAUACCCACCUUAGCUCCGGUCUCCUUUUAAGUAUCUACUGUGCCUGCAGUGUCAUAGUGAAACUGUCAUGGAAAACCCAUGGUUUUGAUCACCCUGCUAUGUAUUUCUCCACCAAAUGUUUUUAGAAGAUUUCAAGUGGUUUAUUUAGAUGAUUUUUUCUGAGAUGUUUUUUUGAAAGAGUGGAAUGCUUUGCUUUUUAUUCUUAUA